UCAUUUUACCUUUUUAGUUCCCGCGGAGUCUGCCACCGAGCACGAUCAGGACUUAUUCCAAGUGUUAACAGCGUGUCGAAUACGUGGUUAACCAGUAAUGGAUACGCAAUGGGUGACUCACGAGGCCAAGUAUUACAAUCAGCUCAAAGCGUUGAAGGUGUUUCAGGUUCACCUACUUUGGAAACUGCGAGCAGCGGACUUAAAGGAGCAACCCUUCCUGGUGCCACUUCACGAGAAGAUGCUUCGGGAUACGUUCACCGAAGCGUGGCGAGUGCUGCCACAGGUCGAAGGCCUCCCUGCCCACCAAAACGAGCGAAAAGAGUUUUAUCAAAACUAUAUAGACGGGCUCGAGCUGCUCGAAGCGUUGAAACAGGAAAUGAAACCGCAAGACAAAGAUGAGCAGAGAGAAGAAGAGAAGAAAGAUGAGCAUGACCAAGUUGUACGGGGUCAGGGGAACACAGUGAAAGCUAAAGUGGCGCCAAUGAGUAAAGUAGCCGCCGAUAGUGUCCCGAAUCGCCGAAAGACCCGGGACAGCUUAAUCCAGGAACGUUUGGAUAAUCUCGCUCAGUUCGAUAAAAUCCCUUCGCUACGAAGCUACCAAAAUCAAGAUAAGCCACAGAUACUGAUGGACAUGAUCAAAACGUUAGAAUUGGUCAAGAAUAGUGGAUUAUCUUUUUUAUCCGAUGAAUUGCUGGUAUCAUUAGCGUUGAGCAAACUGGAUAGUGACACUUUGGGCUUCGUACUGGACUCAUUGACCAGCACCAACUUUCCCACGUGGAUUGAAUUACUACAGGCGCUUUCCGGUGUAGCAACAUGGAUAGAAAAAGUAAAUCAGAUAAAUGUGACUCAGGUAAACGGUUGGGAGGUUUAUAAUGGCAAAGCAUUUGCCAACGAACCACGUUUGUAUUAGCCAACGAACGGGAAGUACAUGACCAAUGCUGAACAGUGCAAACUGAAGAUUACUAGAUAAGGCUGAUUGGCGCAUUCGAUGCGCAAUCUUUGAGUGGAAGUCGGUACUGAUACCAGCCCUAUCGAUAAAAAACACAUACUACAUGUAUGUACUUAUGAGAAUAAUAAACCAAAGAAUGAAAACAGAAA